AUGAGGGCUGUCUACGUGCUCCUUUGCCUCGCUCUGGCCCGCAACGCCGUCUGCAACAUCGUCCGACACCAGUACAACCCUCGUGUGGACACUCUCGUCGUACACCCCAAUGACUACGCUGACCAAGUUCAACGUGAAAGAGAAGUAAAGAUGACCCAUCAUCAUGAAUCUGUCUCACAAGAAAGCAAGGAGCAAUUCAGCUACGACGACGUCGGCGACUACCCCACAUCGUUCCGAUCCGUCAAAAAUUGGAAUGUACCAGUUUUCUCUACCGUCGUCACCCAGAGCGACCAAGUCCCCUAUGGCGAUGUGAUUGAAUGGCGCGGCGUACAAAUAGCAGUAGGCCCGAAUUCUCCCGUAAGCGAAACAAAAGAGAUCGAAAGGAUUUUCCGCGACGCUUACAAAACAAUUCAACACGUGAGUGAAGAAGACAAGAAGAAAAUCCACGAUUUAUUCCAAUAUAACGGUGGAAAAUACGAAGAAGACAGUCACUACAAUGCGACUCAACUAAUUAGGAAAUACCACUACGGAGUUGAAGAACACGUUGUGAAGACUGAUGAUGGUUAUUUCCUAACUCUGUUUCGUAUUAAAGCAAAACAGGACUCCUUUGAAGUCACAAAGCGUCCCGUCGUCUUCCUAAUGCAUGGAGUCUUAGGAAGCGCUGAUGAAUGGCUUCUGAUGGGUCCAGAGUAUUCACUUGCUUACUUACUUACUGACGCUGGAUAUGACGUCUGGCUAGGCAAUGUUCGCGGUAACAAGUACUCUCGCCGUCACGUCACUAAGCACGUCUCCAAUCCCGAUUUCUGGCAGUUCAGCAUCGAUGAAAUCGCUCUUAUGGAUUUGCCCGUCAUGAUAGACUAUGCCCUGAAAGUUUCCGAACAAAAGAAGCUUAUUUAUAUCGGUCACUCACAGGGCUCUACUAUUUUCUUCGCUUUGGCUGCCACUCACCCAGAAUACAGAGAAAAAAUUACGAUGAUGUUCGCGCUGUCUCCUAUGGUUUAUAUGACUAACGUCCGCAGCCCUCUUUUCCGCAUGAUAGCACCAAGCAGCCAAUUUUAUGAGCGCCUUUACGACGGAAUUGGUCACGAAGAAUUCCAGCCUAGCAAGGAGCUGGUACAUACGAUUGGCGGCAACAUUUGCGAUUGGGAAAUCGGCUGCAAGCACAUAUGUUCUAACAUCUACUUUGUAAUGGCUGGCGUCGACACAGCUGGUAUGGACUUCGAUUUGAUUCCUUCAAUAGCUUCCCACCUUCCUGCUGGAGCAUCUACGAGACAGAUCUUCCAUUACGGCCAGGGUGUAGCUUCUCAAGAGUUCAGAAAAUUCAACUACGGAGUCGACAUCAACAAAAAGAUAUACGGUCAGAACGUACCACCUAAAUACAACAUGAGUGAAGUAGAUGUGCCAGUUGUGCUUUACUUCAGCGAAGAAGAUUGGUUAGCGCACCCCAAGGACGUAGAGCGACUUCACAGAGAAUUGCCUAAUGUGAAAGAGGUUUAUGAAGUGCCUGAACAACAUUUCAGUACUAUGGACUUCCAAUUCUCCAAAAAGGCACCCGAAAUAGUAUACAAGAGGCUGAUCGAAUCGAUUAAGAACUACUAC